UGUCUCAGCAGAUGCUCCUUUGUGUGUUGUUGACUGGGGAUGGUUAGCUGCCUGUCCGACUCAGCGGCUAUACGAGGGCCUGAGCUGGAGGAUUGUGCUAGAUAUUGGCGCCGAAGCACUUCUUGCCAUGAUUCGAUUCUUCGUUAUAAAGGUGAGGUAGAUUCUGCUUUCAGUAUUGUCUAUCAACUCCCACAAUCAUACUUUCUUCACAACCCCCCUGCAAUCAACAAUCAUUCAGGUCUUCUCUCGAUUCUUUAAGCCUUCGUUCCUCCAAUCCGAAGCUCGAAACCUUUGUAUGUCGCAACAUGGCUGGCCGUGUCCCAUACUUCCAGAACCAUAUGGUCUUCCUCAACACACUCCAGUUGAUCAAGCCACACAGCCUAGAGGAAACCGUUCAGACCUUCUGGCAGGUGAUAGUAGGAGAUUGGUUUCGCUAUGAUCAAGGCUACAAACUUGGCAUUAAGGGCCCCACGCUUGCCAAUCGAAACAUGCCCGAUGUUACCGUCAUCGAGGUAAUGGCACUGCAGGCAAACCCACGAAGCACCCCUGAUUGGGCAGAACGCCAGAUCUUGAUGGUUGAAUGCAAACGCCCAUCCUACGACACUCCCAACGGCUGGAGUGACACCAUCGAGGGCCAAUUUUUUGAUGAUCUUCAACAGAAUCUCAACCAUUCCGAAAAAUUAUUCGGGGCAGUGGCUAUUGGCACGAAAGUGAAAUUUUUCCGGUUCGACGGAAAAGCGCCAGUCCACCGAAGGCUUACUCCGCUUCACCGCGAUGUCUUGGAUUUGAAAAUCCCAAGCCAGCUCGUCCAAGUCGAGGAUCUGUUGAACUACAUCAGAGCGAAUGGAUGGCAGUGGGCUAGCACCCGUUGAAUUGUGUCUGGAAAGAACCUUUCCUUGUAUCAUGGCAUGCUAUGUCCCGGCUUUUCUGGCUUUUGAUUUCUACGUCUCUUCUAUGUCUACAAACGUUCGCUGUUUUUAUCGUAUUAGUCGCAUAUAUUGUAAAGUCGAAAGCUGCUAUAUUACUUCAUCAGCGUAUGAGCAAUGAUGAGUAGGCUAUUCUAUCCCAUAUCAGUGUUCGGUCUCGCCGAUGACACCCCUGAG